AAUGUGCUUAGGAUUUUAAUUACCAAUAAUGGCUGGUCGUAUGAAGAAGCUAGUGCCCACCGAUGGCAAUUGGAUCCCGGAGUCGCGCCGCUUCCCCCUGGAGCUGAUCGCCAGCGUGAUGAGUGGACUGCGCGGCGACGUGGAGGGAGUGACCCCCAAGGAGAGCAAGUCGCUGAGGGUGCUGCAGAGGACAUGGGCCCAGAAGCUGGCCAACCGCCUGCCGGAGUCCAAUCCACGCCCGCCCUCGCCCAAGCGGCGCCGCCUGCGGGCCAAGAAAAAGGCCGCCCAGGUGGUGAUCCCGCCAGCGGUGGAGGAGCGCGAGGAGGACAACAUCUUCGAGGUGGAGGACAGCGAGGUGGUCAGGAACCGCGUCUGUAUUCCCCGCCUGCGUGCCCAUUGGAAGCUGCGCUACUUCGAGAUCAUGAUGCCCGCCUUUGUCAUCAAGCGAGGCCUGUUGAAUGAGCACUUCAACUGGGAGAUCGUCGACAGGAUCAUGGAGGCCCCCGACGAACAGGCCACCGCCUUGCUCCAGGAGUUCGUGGACGAUGUGGUCAAGGAGCUGACACCCUAAAGUAGGACUUUGUAAAGUAGUAUAUGCAAAUCACUCUAGAAAAGUAAGCGAACCCUGAAGGAGUGCAAAUGCGGAGGAUGAGGAGCAGCAGGUCAACUCCGAGUGAAACAAAAGGGAAAUGUCGAAAACGAAUCUGGAUACACAUCAUCAUUUGUCUUGGCGGACGGAAGGCGGUGGCAGUGGCUCCAUUUAGGCCAGGCACAUUGAUGAAUGAAGUGCGUAGUGGCUGAAAGGCCAAAAGGCAGGCCGCAUUAAAAAUGCACACGCAAUCAGAAAAUUCUUUACGACGGUCUCAUAAGCCGAGGACUCCGGGCUCCGGGACUCCAUGAGCAGCCAGGUGAUGGAUCAGCGGCCUCAGAUAAGACAGGCGGAGCAGGAGCAGGAGCAGGAACCGGAGCAGGACAAGGAGCUGGAGCUGGAGCCGUGGUAAUGAGUGAGCUGAACUGGGGCCGCUGCCGUCAAAUGUUGUAAACCCUCUUUUGAGCCGGGCCUCUCGCCUCGCAGCGUUGGUGGCAAUUUAUAAUUUGUUUGAGGGCUUUCAGCGGCCUUUCAGGGCAAUUACCCCGCGCCCGGCUUUACCUUUGGCAGCAACACCUUCGCAGCAUUUCGGCUUGACUGGCUGCGAGCUUUGGCACCCCGCUUGGCCAGGACUUGGAUUCGGACUUGGGUUCGCUUACUGGGUCAACGUGGUGGCCAUCAACCCCUUCUCUUGUGUACAAUGGAGCUGCCGAGGAUGUUUUCGUUCACGGAGCACGUUCUGUCAGCCAGGAUGCGUGUGUGCACUGAAAAAAAAAUGGUAAGUUUUCAAUAUGUACUUUAUGUUUGACUCCCAAUGAUUUUCUGUCUAUAUGAACCAAGAUUUGGGUCUAAUACAGGACAGGUUACAUUGUGUAAAAAGCCUUCCGUUUCUCUUCUCCAUAUUAACUCAAAUAAGUAAAAAGUCGCUGGAAAUUCAUGUGAAAACAGUUUACUUUUAAUCCUAUUUGGUGCAGGCUUACAUUAAAUUAUUUUCUUUUGUUCUUACACUAAAAAAAAAAUAAGAGGCCUUGGAUUGAGCUAUUUUUGAAAACAUCUUUUGUACAAUGUUGAUUUUUUUAAUAUUUUGCUUGUAUUUACUUAAGUUCUAAAAUAUUAUUACAGUAUAUAGUUUUUAUAAAUACUAGAAAAAAUCGUGAACGACUCAAACUCUCUAAAAUCCAUAGAAAAUAUUUAUUUGAAAACAUUUAUUUUAUUUAUAUUUCCUUAAGUUCUAAAAUAUUUUUUAAGAGGAAAUGCUUUUUAUAAAUAAUAGAAAAAAAUU